AACGUAUGACCUGUCUCUGGCCUUGGCGUGCGGCGCGUUGCGGCUGGUUGUCAGUACUUACUGGCGGUUGGACUUGAUUAACAGUAACUAGCUGGUGCUUCUGCCCGACUAGUCGGCUAGUAAACAGGGAGCCGUUACAGCGGAGCGGAGCCACGAUGCUGAAAUGUCGGACUGUAUGGAAGAAGCUCGCACCUCUUGCUAGAAGCUCGUCCACUUUGUGCCGGCAGAAUGUGAAGAGAACAGGGUUAAACAAUGGCAGAAUACCAACAUGUGUACCGGCGGCCAACAUGUCCACCGGGCCGGGAGGACUGGGUGGAGACAACUUGAAGUACACCAUCAUGGUUGGAGCAGCUUGCGUUGGUAGUCUGACAUAUGCGUACUUCCUGUUGAAGGGAGACCAGAAAAGAUAUCAGGAGCGUAUUGAAGAAAUUACAACCAGAUCACAGAGGUCAUCCAAAGAAGAAGCCGCAACCGUUCAAUCAGAGCCACCUGCUGUGGAAGCCACACAGACGGAGGCUGUCCCUGAGUCAGUACCUGAAGCAGCACCUUCACCAGAGGAGCCGAGCCCUCCAGCUGCUCCUGCUGAAGAACCAGCUGCUCCUGCUGAAGCUGCAGCCCCCAGUGAAACAACUGCACCGCCUCCAGCAGAUGAGCCGGUGGUAGAAGCACCACCAGAAGAGGCAGCAACACCGGUUGCUGCACCUGUAGUUGAGGAGGAACCGUCACCGCCAUCAGAGCCUCCAGCAGCACCAGCAGAACUCGCAGAGCCUGCCCCGGCCGGGCCCACAGAGCCUGCCCCUGCAGAGCCUGCCCCGGCCGAGCUCGCAGAAUCUGCCCCGGCCGAGCCCGCAGAGUCUUCCCCUGCCGAACUCGCAGAAUCUGCCCCGGCCGAGCCCGCAGAGCAUACCCCCGCCGAGCUCGCAGAAUCUGCCCCGGCCGAGCUCACAGAAUCUGCCCCGGCCGAGCCCGCAGAGCAUACCCCCGCCGAGCUCGCAGAAUCUGCCCCGGCCGAGCCCGCAGAGUCUUCCCCCGCCGAGCUCGCAGAAUCUGACCCGGCGCCGGUUGUGGAGAGUGAACCCGCAGCUGCAGCAGAAACACCCACAGCAGAGCCACCCGAGCCUCAGCCGGAAGUUGUGGCAGAGAGUGCAGCGGACUCCACCCCUGCCUCUCUCAAAGUACCCUCACACAGCCCCUACCUUCUGAUUGGUGGAGGCACUGCCUCUUUCGCCGCUGCCCGGUCUAUUCGAGCCAGAGACCCCGGCGCCAGGGUACUGAUUGUGACUGAUGAGCCAGACCUUCCAUACAUGAGACCACCUCUUUCAAAAGAGCUGUGGUUCUCUGAUGAUCCCAGUGUGACUGAAACACUGCGUUUCAAACAAUGGAAUGGAAAAGAAAGAAGUAUCUACUUCCAGCCACCAUCAUUCUACAUUAAUUCAGAAGAAUUGGCAAGUGCAGAAAAUGGGGGAGUGGCUGUUCUCACUGGCAAAAAGGUGGUACACAUGGAUGUGAGAGGAAACAAAGUAAAACUGGACGAUGAUACUGAGAUUUCAUAUGACAAGUGUUUGAUUGCUACAGGCGGCGUUCCAAGGAAUCUGCAAGUCAUCGAAAGAGCUGGAGAGGAGGUGAUGAAGAAGACAACUUUGUUCCGCAAGAUUGAGGAUUUCAAAUCACUUGACAACGUCUCCAGAAACGCGAAGUCCAUCACAAUCAUCGGAGGCGGUUUCUUGGGCAGCGAGCUGGCCUGUGCCCUUGGCAGGAGAUCAACUGAGUCUGGCCUGGAGGUGAUACAGAUGUUCCCUGAGAAGGGUAACAUGGGAAAAGUGCUGCCUGAGUAUCUGAGCAACUGGACAACGGAAAAAGUCAAAAGAGAGGGUGUAAAAGUCAUCGCGGAAGCAUUGGUGAAAUCUGUCACUUGCAAAGAUGAUAAGUUAGAAAUCCAUCUGAAGGAUGGCCGAUUGGUGAAAACUGAUCACAUUGUUGCAGCUGUUGGCCUGGAGCCUAAUGUUGAUCUUGCCAAGUCAGCAGGUCUGGAGGUGGACUCUGACUUUGGUGGUUAUCGGGUCAAUGCAGAACUGCAAGCUAGGUCCAAUAUUUGGGUGGCAGGAGAUGCUGCAUGUUUCUACGACAUCAGACUCGGCCGCAGACGAGUGGAGCACCACGAUCACGCUGUUGUGAGUGGUCGACUAGCAGGAGAGAACAUGACAGGAGCCAGCAAACCCUACUGGCAUCAGUCUAUGUUCUGGAGUGACCUGGGUCCUGAUGUAGGCUACGAGGCCAUCGGGAUCGUUGACAGCAGUCUUCCAACAGUAGGCGUAUUUGCCAAAGCCACUGCCAAGGACACACCGAAAGCUGCUACAGAAAAGUCUGGUACUGGGAUCCGCUCAGAAAGUGAAACAGAGGACACGGCCACCAGCCCAGUGGCCUCUGUGACACCCCUUCCUCCUGUGGCGCACAAAGACGACUAUGGCAAAGGAGUCAUCUUCUACCUGAGAGACAAAGUGGUGGUGGGCAUUAUCCUGUGGAAUGUAUUCAACAGGAUGCCCAUUGCAAGGAAGAUUAUCAAGGAUGGAGAGGAACAUGCAGAUCUGAAUGAAGUGGCCAAGCUGUUCAACAUUCAUGAGGAUUAAGAUGACGGAGGCUCACGUUCAUGGGAGCGAGUUGCUCUUCAUGUAAAGACUGAACUCAGGCAGUCAUUGCCACAUUCUCGAAGACACAACUGGUCAUGCAUACCAAAUGGGAGUAUCAAUGUAAAUUCUGUCACGUCGCUGAAAUAUUUUCAUAUUUGGAAUUUGUAUCUGCUGCGCUUUUUUGUUUGUUUGUUUUUUUUCUUCAAGAGAAAUCAUCUUCCUGCCACCACCAGACUUGUGUGAUUGUCUAUGUGCUUUCCCCUCCACCAGGCUGAAAAUGCUGUCCAUUGAUUGUUUCCCUCUGUGUGAUCAGAGCAGCUUGGUCUGAGAAAAGCUGCAAUAAAAGCUAUUUUUAAAUUGGA